AUGGAAGCUCUAUGGAACCCACAACAGGCAAGCAAAGUCACUGACUGGGUCAAGCCCGGAGACACGUCUGGUGAAUUCAAGCGUCAGGUCAGUUCGUUUCGAGACUGGAUCUCUCGCGAUGCCAACGCAAAGUACCCUGCCGAGAAGGGUCGCUACCACCUCUAUGUGAGCUACGCAUGCCCAUGGGCUUGCCGCACCCUCAUCGCCCGUAAGCUCAAGGGUCUUGAGGAUUUCAUCUCGUACUCCGUCGUUCACUGGCACCUUGGUGAGGGCGGCUGGCGAUUCGUGUCCAAGGACGAGGGCGUUCCUGGUGAGAAUGUCGUGCCUGACCCCAUCAAGGGCCAUGAGAGCUUCACACACCUGAAGGAUGUGUACUUUGAGAGUGAGAAGAACUACGAUGGCAGAUACACGGUGCCAGUCCUCUACGAUAUGAAGACAAACCGAAUUGUGAGCAACGAGAGCAGCGAGAUCCUCCGCAUGCUGGGUACCGAGUUUGACGACCUUUUGGACGAGGAGCACAAGGCCAUCCAACUGUACCCCGAGAACAUGCAGAAGCAGAUUGAGGAGGCGCAUGAGUGGCAAUACGGCGGGAUCAACAACGGCGUGUACAAGUCUGGCUUUGCUACCACAAGCGAGGCUUACGAGCGCAACGUUGUGGCUCUCUUUGAGUCUCUAGACCGCGCCGAGAAGCAUCUCUCUGAGCAAAAGGAGGGCCCUUACUGGUUCGGAAACCAGUUGACCGAAGUUGAUAUCAGACUUUUCGUCACAAUCAUCCGUUUCGAUCCCGUCUAUGUGCAGCACUUCAAGUGUAACAUCCGUGACAUUCGAUCCGGCUACCCUGCCCUGAACCGCUGGAUGCGCAACUUGUACUGGAACCACCCUGCGUUCAAGGAUACCACGCAGUUUGAGCACAUCAAGUGGCACUACACAAGGAGCCACACCCAAAUUAACCCUCACUCGAUCACACCUGUUGGGCCGCUGCCUCAUAUUCUACCUCUUGAGGAGGAGGUUCCCGCUGUUGCAGCUGCUCAAAAGAACUAG